AUGCCCCCCUACCUAGGCCUUGCCAUCCCUCUCCUCCCCGGGGCCGAAGAGGCUCGCCCUUUCGUGGUGACUCCGGAUGGCAACACAGACAAUGGGAGGAGCAGCCGAGGUCACAACGGGGAUGGACCUCGGACCCUUGCGAGAGCGAAUACUAACACCACUUCUCGCCGCAACAACAACCCGCCAGCACCAAGAAACGUCGGCCACUCCCCUCUCCUUACAGUUGUCUCUGCCAACGUGAGAGGGCUUCGUAGCAACAUUGCUGAUCUCUCCCACAACUUUGUACUACGACAAAAAGCCGAUAUUGUGGCGGUGAGCGAAACGUGGAUGAGUGACACUGUGGAUCCGUCAUUUGGCAAAAUAAAAGGCUACACGAAGUGGGUGAGGAAGGAUCGUAUCGGCAGGACAGGUGGAGGUGUGGCUGUUUGUUUUAAAAAUGGCCUCCAGACCCAGGAACUGUCAGUAGACCUUCCUCAGCAAAUGGAAGCACUUUUCUUCCGAAUAGUGCUGACUGACAACAGUGGCUUGCUGCUCUGUGUACUAUAUCGCCCCCCCAGGCAAGGCCGAUUCUCGCUUGACUUCCUGGCGGAGGAGAUGGACAACUUGCUCCAACGCCACGGCUGCAAGAACGUCCUCAUCGUGGGAGAUCUAAAUUUCCAUCUCGAGCAGCAAGCUUACAACAACUUAGUGACAGUGUCCGGCCUCACCAACCACGUCACAUUUCAGACCCACGAAAGAGGAGGCCUGCUCGACCCAGUAUUAUCAGACCUCCCGGAAGAAAGAAUAUUGUGUCAGCAGCUGGAUAAAGUGGGUAGUUCGGACCACCACGCCGUACUGACGAAGAUCCAGCUACAUGUGGCGAGGGAAAAAGCUGCACCUCGAACCAUCUGGCUAUGGGAGCAAGCUAGCUGGCGUGACAUGAGGGGCGCACUGACAGCCACAGACUGGCAGACGGUGCUCACGGGAGACGCGGAGGAGAUGACUAACGCUCUCACCUCAAUCCUGGCCACACUACAGGACCGCCACGUCCCUCACCGCACAUACCUCGCCAAGGCCACAAACCCCCAAUGGUUUGGCUUCCGCUGUCAGAUAGCUGCCGAAGCCAAGUAUGCAGCAUGGAGGAGAUACAAGCAGCGCCCGUCACAACACAACCUCGCCAUGCACCGAGCUGCUUGUAAGAGAAUGACUGACACCUCCAAGUGGGCGAGGAAACACUGGGAGCAAGACCUCAGGAGAAAGCUCACAGGCCCAGGAGUUGGAGAUAAGACGUGGUGGACACUGGUCAAGGAGAGGCAGGGUGUGAUGCGGCAGGAGAGCGUGCCCCCUGUCACCAGGCAGGACGGAACCACUGCCUCAAGCAGUGAUGACAAGGCUGCACUCCUGGCAAAAUUAUUUGCAGAAAAAAUGCAUGUUGAGAGCCCCACACGCCCCCCUCCAGUGCUACCCCGGGAGACAGCGCACACCAUCACCUCAAUACCCAUCACCACGGAGCUGGUGGAAAAAGCACUCGGGCAACUGGACGCAGGGAAAGCCACGGGCCCAGAUGGAAUCAGCCCCGGUGCUGAAACAAUGUGCCAGGGAACUUUCGGGUUUCGGCCAGGUCGAUCUACUUCCGAUCUCCUUCUCCUACUCUCCCAGGAAUGGCAGGACACCCUUGACGAAGGCCUGGACACGCUCGUAGUGGCCCUUGAUAUCGCGGGGCUUAUGACCGAGUGUGGCAUGCGGGUCUUCUGA